GUGUCUUGUUGUCUGUCUCAUCAGGAGACCAUCAGACGGCGGUGAUCAUGGUCCUCCAUGCAGGCCUGAGCAUUCUUUUGGCGACUCUCGUGCUUCCUCGGUGCGACCUGCGCACUGACAGUCCAGACGCAGAAACCGACCCGAACUGGACACCAGGGCCCGUCGGCUUUGUUCGCUUGGGAGAGUUCUGCCUGCGGAUUCCCCAAGAGCCUGACUGGGCCACCUACACGCCAGUCAGCCCAUCGUCUACCCAGCAACAUGGACCUCUGCUCGCCCAGCAUAUGUUCAGUAAUCCUGGAAGAGUGGAAGAAGUGAAGAGGAGGAAUUGUCGCUGCCUGAGGAAAAAGAAGAAACUGCCAACUGAAACAUCCCCAGUCAUACGCACAAAUAUAUUCUUCCCCGGUCCAAAGUGUAACACCACCGAAAUCAUUGAAACGCUGGAGAAUGGACGGAGGGUGUGCGUGAACGCGUCCGGCCUGCGGACGUACUUCAGCUUGAAUUAUCCUCUACAGCGAAACGGCACCACCCCACCCAUACCAUCCACCCCACCCAUCCCUACCAUCCCACCCAUACCACCCAUCCCUACCACCCCCACCCACACCAUCCAUCCUUACCACCCCACCCAUACCAUCCAUCCCACCCACACCACCCAUCCCUACCAUCCCAUCCCUCUCACGUGAUAUACCUAUGUAUAUAGAUUGGUAUGUAUUUCAGUUUAUCACUUUUGCACAUUUACUUCAGUGGCUUUAGCAAGCGCUGACGCAACAGUGUGUUUUUCUGAUCUG